AUCUAGUAGAACUGAUCUCUGUAUAGUUUGCAGAUGUUGCAGAAAGAAAUAUACCCAGCAAGUAAAGCUUUCUUCCUGGUCGUCUUUGGUUGAUACUGGCACAGAUUCUUUUUUUUUUCAUCCAUCUAUAAGGCUAAAAGUAUGCAAGUUGUCAACAGUCUUAACGCUUCAGUUAUAAUGUUAUAAUUGAUGGUGUGUUUCUCUUUUGUCAGGUCGACAAGGAUGCAAAUGAUGUGCUAUGAGAGAAGAAGCCGCAUUCGCCACAACCCAGUCUGAUGAAGAGGAAGAUGAAGAAGAAACUGAUGAAAUGGUGUGCCACGAAGAAGUUGCCUGAAAAUUGUGUUGAUGCUGAAUAUAAGUGUCACCCACAGCGCCCUUGCUAGUAUGUCUUGCUGUAUUUUCCAGCCUUGUUGCAGAUAGUAGAGUUGGUAAAACAAAGCCACGCCGUCAAGGUUCCGCAUUGUUUCGACAACAGGCUUAUCUCAUCUCUUCCCGUUGUCUGCCGGAUUGUUUGGCUGUGAAUUGGCCAAAAUAUGACCUGAGUUGGCAUGCCAGUAAUCUUAACACAAGCGCAGCACUGGCCUAAUCUCGUCAACACAGCCAAACCUGGAUCGGUGAUGCUUGCAAGUUGAGGCUACAACAUGUACACUUAAAAAUAAGCCAAAGAGGACAUAUAGUAGAGCUGAUCAGUGAUCGCCGUAUAGUUUAGAGAUGUUGCAGAAAGAAAUAUACCCAGCAACUGAAGCUUUCUUUCUGGUCGUCUUCGGUUGAUACUGGCAUAGUUUUUUUGUCAUCCAUCUGUAUUUCAUUAUUUUUUUUGUAUAAAAGAAGGGCUCUCCCCUUCCGAUUUCCAUAAAAGAAACCAAAGCAAGUUUGAUCUUACAAGACAAUCUUAUCUCGGAGCCCGUCAAAACAAUCUUCCUUUAACUAAAGCUGAUAUUGACGGAUUCGUGAUCCCUCAUAAUACUAAAAGCUUAGUGUGCCGUCCAAUGCAGAAAAACUGGACGCCCGGCCCGGCAUGGCGCCUCCCUCACCGGACCGGUCCGUCCGGCCAAGCCUAGCUUCACCACCAACCCCGGCCUUGGAGUCGCCGAGUUUAUUUAUAGGGGGCUACAUCCGCUCUCCAGGCAGACCAGCACGAGUUGACUUGAUCAUCACACACGCAGGCACGAACAGCGCGCGAUGGCCUCCACCAGCAGCUGGGCGCACGAGAUCGAGGCGUCCGUGGCGGCGCCACGGCUGUUCCGCGCCGGCGUCAUGGACUGGCACACGCUGGCGCCCAAGCUCGCCCCGCAGGUCGUCGCCAGCGCCCACCCCGUCGAGGGCGAGGGCGGCGUCGGCAGCGUCAGGCAGUUCAACUUCACCUCAGCCAUGCCCUUCAGCGUCGUGAAGGAGAGGCUCGACUUUCUGGACGCGGACGGGUGCGAGUGCCGGUCGACCCUCCUCGAGGGCGGGCACGUCGGCACGGUCAUCGAGACGGCCACGUCGUGCAUCAAGGUGGAGCCGGCGGCCGGCGGCGGCAGCGUCGUCAAGGUGGAGUCCACGUACAAGCUGCUGCCGGGCGUGGAGGAGGCCCAGUACGAGGUCGCCAAGGCCAAGGAGUCCGUCACCGCCAUCUUUAAGGCCGCCGAGGCGUACCUCAUCGCCAACCCGGACGCCUACAACUAAAUCAACUAUCUUUGUGUGUUUGCUUCCCAAUCCAAUAAGGCUGCUCCAGCCUCCAGGUGUGUAGCUAGUGGCGCGAGAGCAGUGAGCAAGGACGUGGAUCUGGACUUGAAGUUAAAAGGUUGUGUAUUUUGUAGCUGUCAAAGAGUGGAUUUGAUUGAUGAUGUUG